AUGGCGACUCUUUUAGGCAGAUUCGGCCGUAAAUUGGUUUCUCCGGGAUCAGCUCACGGAGGAAAGAGAUUAUCGACGACGGCUUGUGAAUCGGAAACCGUGAAAUCGUUGAAUCUAUACUCUGCUAUCAAUCAAGCUCUUCACAUCGCCUUGGAUACUGAUCCCCGCUCUUAUGUCUUUGGGGAAGAUGUUGGCUUUGGUGGAGUCUUCCGAUGCACAACAGGGUUAGCUGAACGAUUCGGGAAAAAACGAGUCUUUAACACUCCUCUUUGCGAACAAGGCAUUGUUGGAUUCGGCAUUGGUCUAGCAGCAAUGGGAAAUCGAGCUAUUGUAGAGAUUCAGUUUGCGGAUUAUAUUUUCCCUGCUUUUGAUCAGAUUGUUAAUGAAGCCGCAAAGUUCAGAUACAGAAGUGGUAACCAAUUCAACUGUGGAGGACUAACGAUAAGAGCACCGUAUGGAGCGGUUGGUCAUGGUGGACAUUACCAUUCACAAUCCCCUGAAGCUUUCUUCUGCCAUGUCCCUGGUAUUAAGGUUGUUGUCCCUCGGAGUCCGCGAGAAGCAAAGGGACUCUUGUUGUCAUGUAUCCGUGAUCCAAAUCCCGUUGUCUUCUUCGAACCAAAGUGGCUGUACCGUCAAGCAGUAGAACAAGUCCCUGAGCAUGACUACAUGAUACCUUUAUCAGAAGCUGAGGUUAUAAGAGAAGGCAAUGACAUAACACUUGUUGGAUGGGGAGCUCAGCUUACUGUCAUGGAACAGGCUUGUCUAGAUGCGGAAAAGGAAGGAAUAUCAUGUGAACUGAUAGAUCUCAAGACUCUGUUGCCUUGGGACAAAGAAACCGUGGAAGCCUCGGUUAAAAAGACUGGCAGACUUCUUAUAAGCCAUGAAGCUCCUGUGACUGGAGGUUUUGGAGCAGAGAUCUCUGCAACAAUCCUCGAACGUUGCUUCUUGAAGUUAGAAGCGCCAGUAAGCAGAGUAUGUGGUCUGGACACUCCAUUCCCACUUGUGUUUGAGCCAUUCUACAUCCCCACCAAGAACAAGAUAUUGGACGCAAUCAAAUCGACUGUCAAUUACUAG